UCCAGGGAAGACAAUCAGCAUCAUCCUGCUCCAGUUACAAAGUCUCCAAGGACUCUCCUGGACUCCUUCUCCCCAGGCCCCUGGAAGGGAGUGUGAUGCCCCUCACCCUCCUGCUGCUGCUCUGGGGGCCCCUGGCCCUGAUGGAGACCCGGGCGGACUCCCACUCCCUGAGGUGUUUCUCCACCACCAUGUCCCGCAAUGGCAACGGCAACAGCAACGGCAAUGGCAACCACAACCACAAUGGGGAGCCCCGUGUCAUCGCCGUGGGGUACGUGGACGACACGCAGUUCGGGCGGUUCGACAGCGACUCUCCUGGCCAGAGUGUGGAGCCGCGGGCGCCCUGGGCGGGGCAGGUGGGGCAGGAGGACCUGGACGAGGAGACUCAGAACCAAAGGAACAACGCAAAGCGGUUCAAAGUGCUCCUGAGGGGCCUGCGCGGCCGCUACAACCAGAGCAAGGACGGGUCUCACACCCUCCAGAGGAUGUGUGGCUGUGAAGUGGGGCCAGACCUGCGUCUCCGCGGCGGGUAUGAAAAGUUCGCCUACGACGGCGCGGAUUUCAUCUCCCUGAGCGAGGACCUGCGCUCCUGGACCCCCGCGGACUCGGUGGCUCAGAUCACCCAGCGCGAGUGGGAGGCGCAGGGGAGGGCCAGGCGCGUCAGGAACAGUAUACAGGGCAGGUGCUUCCAGUGGCUCCUCAGAUUCCUGAUUUUGGGGAAGGAGGUGCUGCAGCGCACAGAUCCCCCCAAAACACAAGUGACCCACCACCCCACCUCUGAGCAUAAGGUCACCCUGAAGUGCUGGGCCCUGGGCUUCUACCCUGCGGACAUCACCCUGACCUGGCAGCGAGAUGGGGAGAACCUGACCCAGGACACAGAGCUGGUGGAGACCAGGCCUGGGGGGGAUGGAACCUUCCAGAAGUGGGUGGCUGUGGUGGUGCCUUCUGGAGAGGAGCAGAGAUACACGUGCCAUGUGAAGCAUGAGGGGCUAUUGGUGCCUACAGUCCUGACUUGGGUGCCCCCUUCUCAGUCCUCCAUCCCCACUGCGGGCAUUAUUGCUGGCCUGGUUCUCUUUGGAGCUGUGCUCAUUGGAGUUGUGGUGGCUGCAGCUGUGAGGUGGAGGAAUAUGCGCUCAGGGGACACGCAGUCAGCUACAGUCAGGCUGCAGGUGUUACUCUGAAGGAACGCGACUCCCCACAUUUGUGAGCUCACAUGAGACAUCAGAACCGUGGAUGGCCUGCCCGGACCCUGCAAACCAGGUCAGACUGACCCUGCGGAGAGACUCCUUCCCAACACCGUGACCUGUUGCAGCCCUGCUCCAACCACAGCCCGGAAGCGGGUUGGCCUGCGCACAGCAGAAGCUCGAGGUGCAUCACAGGGAAUGCUUAUGGGCUGCUGAGUUGGACCCAGUGGUGGCUGCUUCUCUUGUUUCCCUUGGUGGGACAGCAUCACCACACUGUGCCUUGGCUCCCUCCUGUCCUGGGUCCACUGAUCUCCAUUCUUGUGAUGCUCACCCUUGGGUCGUGGCUUUUAAUCUGGCCACACGGUUAAUCCAGUCCUGUUUGGAGGCUACUAAACUCCACAUGUUAGUUAAGACAAUAUGAGCCCUUAGGCUCCUUUCCUGCUGCUUGCUGUGAGUCCAUAACUUGAUACUCCCUAGCACAUAGUAAGGACAUCAAAAGGGAGGAAUGAAACAGAAAGUUUCCCAAGGCUGCUGCUUGGGGAGU